GAAGAAAAAAAAGGUACCAGUACAGGUGCUCCUCGUCUCCUCCCGUUUCCAUCCGCCGCCGUUCGCCGGAAUCUCUCCCCCGCCGCCGUCCUUCCACCCAUCCUCCCCCAGGCGAUCUUCGCGUCUCCGACCCGAUCCUCGUGCCUCGAGCGGCCGGACUGUUUGCGCGCAUUGGCGAGGCCGCCUCGCCGGCGACGCGCGGUGGAGGAGCAGAGCAGGAGGGGGAAGGAGUAGGUCAGCACAGAGGCAAUCUUUGGCAGGGCCGUGGAUUUCAUCAGGCAGCCCGUGCGCAUUAGUUCCCCGUGUGCUAGGAGUAGAUGGCAACUUCCACUCUGAAACCAGGUGUGCCUGUCACUCUGCAAGAGCUAGCGCCCUCCUCGGAGAUGUUCAAGCAAGGGGCGUCCCUCCGGGUAACAGGAAUCCUCCAGUCAUAUGACGUCGACUCUGCGGUCGCCGUUAUUCAGGACGGCAGCGCAAGGUUGAGGAUCGACACCCAACACCUGAGGGACAUAAGUUUUCGCAGCGGUUCUGCUUUCCAGUUCAUCGGCGAGCUCCUGAUUCGGCCAAACGACGACGUGAUUUUGCAAGCACGUGUGGGCAGGAACGUCGAUGGUCUUGACCUGAACCUUUACCAGCAGUCUUUGAUCAUCCGGCGGCAGCAUGAAGCCAAACUGUUGAGCUCCAGUAGGGUGUGAUCCUAAGCUGUGGACUGGCUCAUGGCCUUAGUUCAGUUCCUCUGUAGUAUGGAGUUCAGGGGGACAUAAUCACCUUACUCGUGAUGAUCACGCGCUUCAGUUUCUUAGAUGGGUGCAAACCUGCAAAGUAGAACAAGUAGUUGUUAACUGAAUUUUAUGAGCACUGAUUAUUCUCCUAGCCUUUUUAUGCUACACAACUCCUGGAGCUCUUAUUAUCUGAGAGUCUACAUAUAUCUGUUUCA